AUGCGUCCUAAGAACCCCCUCCACUCGCUGCCCAGACUCCGAGUAUUGUCGGGGGCUAUUCUCUCUCCCAGGAACAUGGCGGCGAGUCAGGGAGGCGGUGGGAACAGUGGGGGCGGCGGCUGCGGUGGAGGUGGAAGUGGCGGUGGUGGUGGCGAGAAGCAUUACGGAGGUGGCGGCUGUGGCGGGACCGUGGUAGUGCCCAUCCCCGUACCGACUCUUUUCGGUCAGCCGUUCCCCAAUGGGCCGCAGUGGCAUCCGGGGAGCCUGCAGCCUCAGCACACCGUGAGGAGCCUGGACAGGGCCCUGGAGGAGGCGGGGAACUCUGGCAUCCUGAGCCUCAGUGGCAGGAAACUCCGAGACUUCCCGGGCAGUGGCUACGACUUGACGGACACCACCCAAGCAGAUCUUUCCAGAAAUCGUUUUACCGAAAUUCCUUCUGACGUGUGGUUAUUUGCACCACUUGAAACAUUAAACUUAUAUCAUAACUGCAUCAAAAUCAUUCCUGAAGCCAUUAAGAACCUGCAGAUGUUAACAUACCUUAAUAUUAGUCGAAAUCUUUUGUCAACAUUGCCAAAAUAUCUAUUUGAUCUUCCUCUUAAAGUUUUGGUUGUCAGUAAUAAUAAAUUGGUAUCCAUUCCAGAAGAAAUUGGAAAAUUAAAAGAUUUGAUGGAGUUGGAUAUUAGUUGCAAUGAAAUUCAGGUCCUUCCCCAACAAAUGGGAAAAUUACAUUCACUUAGAGAGCUAAAUAUCAGAAGAAAUAAUCUUCAUGUUUUGCCAGAUGAAUUAGGAGAUCUCCCCUUAGUCAAGUUGGAUUUCUCCUGUAAUAAAGUGACUGAAAUUCCUGUUUGUUAUAGGAAGCUGCAUCAUUUACAAGUAAUAAUUUUGGAUAACAAUCCAUUGCAAGUACCACCAGCACAGAUUUGCUUAAAAGGUAAAGUACAUAUAUUUAAGUACUUAAAUAUACAAGCAUGUUGUAGAAUGGAUAAGAAACCAGACUCCCUGGAUCUUCCAUCAUUGAGUAAAAGAAUGCCUUCUCAGCCUCUCACAGACAGUAUGGAAGAUUUUUACCCAAAUAAAAAUCAUGGACCCGAUUCUGGAAUUGGAAGUGAUAAUGGAGAGAAACGCUUGUCUACAACGGAACCAUCAGAUGAUGACACAAUCAGCCUUCACUCUCAAGUCUCAGAAUCUAAUAGAGAGCAAACAUCAAGAAAUGACAGUCACACAAUUGGAAGCAAGCCUGAUUCUCAGAAAGACCAGGAGGUGUAUGAUUUUAUUGAUCCCAACACAGAAGAUGUAGCAGUUCCUGAUCAGGGAGAUACACAUAUUGGAUCAUUCGUCUCUUUCCUUAAGGGAAAAGAAAAAUGCUCUGAAAAAUCUCAGAAAAAUGAAGACUUGGGAAAUGAAAAAAGACUUGAGAAAGAACAGUUACUUCCAGAAGAAGAUGACGAUGAUUUGAAGGAAGUAACUGAUUUGAGGAAGAUAGCUGCUCAGUUAUUGAAGCAAGAACAGAAGAACAGAUGGAGGCCUUUAAGUUCUAGAACAUCAUUCAGUGACAAACUCUUCCAGAGGACCAGAGCAGCAGGACGGAAAUCAAGGAUUCUCAAUCACUCAGCUUCUGUCAUGAGAAAUAAGCUGAAACAAACUGUGGAAUGUGAAAAGAGUGUCUCCGCAGAUGAAGUUAAUUCUCCAUUAUCUCCCCUCGCGUGGCAGCCGUUAGAAAAUCAGAAGGAUCAAAUAGUUGAACAACAGUGGCCAGAAUCUCAACCUAUAAUCUGGCAGAAUGAAGACAGGAGACGGAGCAAGCAGAUUAGGAAAGAAUAUUUCAAGUAUAAAUCAUCAAGGAAGAGUUCAAGUGGCAAUGAAAAUGAUGAGGUGAGACAACAGCAAGACAGUGAUAAUGCUCAUAUGUCACCACAGUCUCCAGUAUCAUCUGAGGAAUAUGACAGAACUGAUGGCUUUUCACAUGGUCCCUUUGGCUUGAAGCCUAGAUCAGCUUUUAGUCGCUCAUCUCGUCAAGAGUAUGGGGCAGCAGAUCCAGGGUUUACAAUGAGAAGAAAGAUGGAACAUUUACGGGAAGAGCGAGAGCAAAUUCGACAACUUCGCAAUAAUCUUGAAUCCAGAUUAAAAGUAAUUUUGCCUGAUGACAUUGGAGCUGCCCUUAUGGAUGGGGUUGUUCUUUGCCAUUUGGCCAAUCAUAUAAGGCCACGCUCUGUAGCUAGUAUUCAUGUGCCAUCACCUGCAGUGCCCAAACUGAGCAUGGCAAAAUGUCGAAGAAAUGUUGAAAAUUUUCUUGAUGCUUGCAAAAAGUUGGGUGUUUCACAGGAAAGACUCUGUUUACCUCACCAUAUUUUGGAAGAACGAGGUCUUGUGAAAGUUGGUGUCACAGUCCAGGCACUCCUUGAAUUACCUACUACCAAGGCAUCUCAGCUUUCUAUGGCUUGAUAUGACAUUUUUAAAGAUCAUAACUGUACAAUUUCAUUUAUUUUAAGUGAUUUCAAAUAUUUUCAAAUCAUGAAUAAGAAUGUUCAGUAAAAAAAAUAGCUGGCCUUAGAUUUAUCUUUAAAAAAAAUUUACAUUAAGACAUCAAAUGUAAACUCUGAAUUGCCCAGGCAAUUUCUUGGAGAAAAAUUGGAUUAGUUUAAUGAGUUUUUAAUAAAUUCAAAUGUUCUUUUUAGUAAGUCAGUAAAUAACCUUAAGUGAUUUUUAAAACUCAGAUUGAUCAUAAAUUUAAAACAUCAUUUCAAUCUUAAAAUUACAUUAAGUUUAAUUUUUUACAUCAUUGUAUACAAGUAAAAGUGAUUGUUUUUAGCAAAACAAUUCUAUAUUUGAGUUAUUUCCUAUACUUCUGUUUUAUACAUAAUUUCUUCAAUAUUCUGUCUUUGUUUCCUAGAAAAAAAAAUGAGUAGAUAUAAACAAAGCCCUGCCAUUAUAUUCAAUUCUUUUAGUAUUAUUGGUUGGUGCCAAAAUGUUUUCAGUUAUACUGUAGAUUGUUUACAUGUGAAGUGCCUGUGUGAUUGAUGAAUCUAUAUAGUAUUAAGCAUUUUUGCAAUUUCUUUUUUAUGUUUUAAUAGAAUCAAUGCAAUUUUAAAAUAUUUUAGUAGGUUUUCUACAAUCAGUAAUAGGUGAGGAUUUAAAUGUGCCUCACUUUUGUGGUUCUUAGUUAAUCCAUUGCAGUUUCCUUAAAUUGGUUAUUUCAUGUUGUCAAAAAUGUUAAUAUGCUUAAUUUAUGCUAUUUAACUUUGCAAAACAUAAUCAUCUUUUAAAAUGUAUUAUUUGAAGAAUAUUUUAUUUCUGUAUUGAAAGUGUUAUACUAAGCAGUAAGACUUUGGAGAGCUAGUGAAGUACUAAUUGUCAAGGACAUUUUGAUAAAACUGCCAAAGUUUGGGUUUGUAUCUUGACUUUCGGGAACAUUCAGUACAUCACUGCUGCCUUUAGCUAUAAUCAGAAAGCAGCAAUUGAGAAGUAAGUUCUUAUUCAAAGUCUGGCUAUUUGUGGAUCAUAUAUACAUUAUGCUCCUCAAUUAACUUGAUGUUGGAAUAAAUCCAGUCUGUUCCAUAAAUAUUUUCAUGAGAUAGUAUGUCCAUAAAGUCCUUGUUUGAUUCAGAGAUGGAUACAUUUAUGGUGAUUGUAGUGAAUGUAGGAAUUUUUCCAAAAGUCUAAUGAAUAAUCCACUUUCCUAUAGAAGAACAUUAAUAAUCAUUUUUGUAGUAGUCAUACAAGUAUAAUUUCUUAAAUAUGUGAUCAUUUGCACUUGUUACCUCUGAAUAUGGAUGCAACUUUUAAAAAAAAUGUUGGCCUGGAUAUUUCAAUGGGCAUUUAUAAAAUGUAUAAUGUCUUGUGCCAAAUGGUAUAAUAAGGAUUGGUUUAGGAAGGACUCCACACUGUUGAUCAGCUGACAUGAAGCCAUGCAAUUGAAUUUUGUCUUUAGAAAAUAGAUGUAAUUUUACAUGCCCCAAGAGUCAAAUUGUAGCUAUCAGAGUUAAAGUUUCCUAUGACUAUAAAGUUUAAUAAUUAAAUU